CAAUAAUGCCUCGAUUUCUCGUCGGUGAUGAGCUGGGCAACAUAAAAUCGGUGCAGUAUAACCCAGUUUUGCAAGAAGAAUCGCAACCAGUCUUGAACACUCUUCAUGACGGUACCGACACAGGCAGAAGAAAAGGCAUCCAAAAACUCGCGUUGAACGUGGGGGAGAAGACAUUGUUAUCAGCUGCUCAUGCAAAUGGAGCGGUUUCAAUUUUUUCUCUGGAAGAGGAUAAUCGACUCGAGUUACUUCAAGAAUGGAAGGAAACUCGAAUCAAAACUGAUCAGUCCUUCAUUGGUCUUGCUGCUUCGGGCGGGACGAUAACAGUGGAGUUAGCCAUAAACUUGCUGCCUUACCGUCCCGACUCUGCGGACUGGCGUCUCUCGCACGACCAUCAAACAUUUGCAUACGGAGGCGAUGAGGUGGAGGUAUCUCUCUGGGAUACAGAGCGUGCAUUUGCUUCUCCGUCUGAAAGUUCAGCAAGAGAUACACCAGUUAAUGGUAGCAAAAAACGGAAACAAGGCGAUGCACUAUUUCCUGGGGAAGUUUGGCGCGCCAAAAACGUACAAAAUGAUUAUCUCGGACUACGACAACCAGUUCAUAAUACGUGUUUAACGUACCUCUCACCGUCAACAUCUGCAAGCCAACAGCAUCUUCUUGCAGGCACGCGCCUCGGUGAUAUGCGUCGUUACGACACCCGUGCUGGGCGGCGACCUGUCGCUGUAUUUAAAGGGAUAGGGAAGGUUGGUGGUGUAAAAACAAUCGAGAAGGGAUUCUCAGAACAUGAGGCCUUUGUGUCAGACCACUGGCUCAAAUGUGCCUAUCAGGGCACUGCCGUCUCACUGACUGCAUCUCCAUCCCACCUAGCCUCAGCCUCGAUAGAUCGAUACAUACGUAUACACAGUGUCGUCCCGCUUCCCGAUAAGGUUGGGCAGCACCCUGACAAGAAGGGUACUGUUUUGGAACGUGUUUUCGUGACGACGAUACCGACGGUUGUUGUUUGGGAUCAAGAGCAAGAUGCUGUGCCCGUGAAUGAUGACGAACAGGAAGGAGAAGACAUAUGGGAAGGUAUGAAGAAUGUCGGAGAGGGCGAUGAGGAGGCUUGAGUGGGCCCGCUUAUUUUCAACAGUCUUAAGUAGAUGCCAUUCAGGAGAUUGUAGCCUGCACAUUAAUACUACUACAUUAUAGAAGUUUG